UUUUACGCGGGAGGUCAAAGGUUACUUACAAAAUGGCUGCACACACUGGAACCGCGAACACAAUGCUACCAACAGCCAGACAGUGAGGGUAUAUUUGGAUGAUUUGAUCCACGGAGAUCGCAGCAAUCAUUAUAUGGACUUAUUCUCUUCUAUGCAAUACCGACUGCUUAGCAUGGCCGACUCAUAUUUAUGGAUAUGUCCUCUGCGGUUGCAAUAAAAACACCAUACCGCAAACUCCGGUGCACACAGAACGAAUCUGAGGCGCUCCAUGCAAAGAGUUAACGAUACAGAGAUAGUCUCUGCGUCUGACUCCGACCCUCGUCAUACCGUAACACAUUUCAAACGUGUUGGUUAGUGUCGCAGGAUUUUCCUUUUUGGAGUUUAAAUGCAUGUUAAUCCAACACUUUCAAAGUAACGUGAAGGCGAGCCGACCGGCUGCUGAGGAGACACCACGGAGCAGUGUUAUGGCAUGUUGAAACCUCAGUCACAACACCACAGCAAGAAGCCAGGAUGAACAGGAAAAAGGAUAAAGGAUUUGAGAGCCCGCGUCCCUUUAAAUUGACCCACCAGGUGGUGUGCAUCAACAAUAUCAACUUCCAGAGGAAGUCUGUCAUUGGCUUCGUGGAGCUCACCAUUUUCCCCACAGUGGUCAAUCUGAACAGGAUCAAGCUUAACAGUAAACAGUGCCGCAUCUACAGGGUCCGAGUCAAUGAACUUGAAGCCUCAUUCAAUUACAAUGACCCCACACUGGAGGUGUGCCACCACGAGUCCAAGCAGAGGAACCUCAACUAUUUCUCCAGUGCCUACACGGCAGCAGUGAGUGCUGUGGACCCUGAUGCAGGACACGGGGAGCUGGUCAUCAAAGUUCCCUCUGAACUCUGGAAACAGGGAGAUGAUUUGAAGGUUUUGAAGGUGUACAUAGAAUUUUCCCUGGACCAGCCAAAAGGAGGUCUCCACUUUGUUGUUCCUGAUGUGGAAGGCAGCAUGGCGGAGAGAGGAGCUCAUGUGUUCUCCUUUGGAUACCAGAACUCCACCAGAUUCUGGUUCCCCUGUGUAGACUCCUACUCCGAGCUGUGUACGUGGAAGCUGGAGUUCACAGUAGAUGCUUCUAUGGUGGCGGUGUCCUGUGGCGAUCUCGUAGAGACCAUCUACACCCAUGACAUGAGGAAGAAGACUUUCCACUAUGUCCUCCCCAUCCCCACUGCGGCCCCCAACAUCUCUCUGGCCGUAGGGCCCUUUGAAAUCCUGGUAGAUCCCUACAUGCAUGAGGUGACCCAUUUCUGCCUGCCACAGCUACUACCACUGCUCAAACACUCCAUGUCUUACCUACAUGAGAUUUUUGAGUUUUAUGAGGAGAUACUGACGUGCCGUUACCCAUAUGCCUGCUUCAAGACUGUGUUUGUGGACGAGGCCUACGUACAACUGUCCUCGUAUGCAUCCAUGAGCAUCUUUAGUACCAACCUGCUCCACAGCGCUACAGUCAUAGACCAGACCCCGCUGACACGGCGCUGUCUGGCCCAGGCCUUGGCUCAGCAGUUCUUUGGCUGUUUCAUCUCCAGGAUGUCAUGGGCUGAUGAGUGGGUGUUGAAGGGAAUCUCAGGCUACAUCUACGGACUCUAUCUAAAGAAGACCUUUGGAGUCAACGAGUACCGACACUGGAUCAAAGAGGAGCUGGACAAGAUUGUGGAAUAUGAGCUUAAGAUGGGAGGGGUCCUUUUGCACCCAACCUUCAGUGGAGGCAAAGAGAAGGACAAUCCAACUCCCCACCUCCACUUCUCCAUCAAGCACCCCCACACUUUGUCCUGGGAGUACUACAAGAUGUUCCAGUGUAAGGCCCAUCUGGUGAUGAGGCUGAUAGAAAACAGGAUCAGCAUGGAGUUCAUGUUGCAGGUUUUCAACAAGCUUCUUAGCCUGGCGAGUACAGCCUCAUCCCAGAAGUACCAGAGUCACAUGUGGAGCCAGAUGCUUCUGUCUACUCACGCCUUUCUCAAGUCCAUCUCCAACGUCUCAGGCAAAGACAUAGGUCCCCUCAUCAAACAAUGGGUAGACCAAAGUGCUGUGGUGAAAUUCUUUGGCAGUUUUGCUUUCAAUAGGAAGAGGAAUGUGCUUGAGCUGGAGAUCCGUCAGGACUACACAUCAUCUGGAACACAGAAAUAUGUGGGUCCCAUCAAGGUGACGGUGCAGGAGCUGGAUGGAUCCUUCAACCAUACACUGCAGAUUGAGGAGAACAGCCUCAAACACGACAUUCCCUGUCAUUCCAAGAGCAGACGGAACAAGAAAAAGAAGAUCCCUCUGAUGAAUGGAGAGGAAGUUGACAUGGAUUUAUCGGCCAUGGACGCAGACUCUCCUCUCCUCUGGAUCCGGAUUGACCCAGACAUGUCCAUUCUGAGGAAGGUGGAGUUUGAGCAGGCUGACUUCAUGUGGCAGUAUCAGCUGCGCUAUGAGAGGGAUGUAGUUGCACAGGAAGAAGCCAUCUCCGCAUUGGAAAAGUUCCCAACUCCUGCCUCCAGACUGGCUCUGACAGACAUCUUAGAGCAAGAACAGUGUUUCUACAAAGUCCGCAUGCAGGCCUGUUUCUGUUUGGCCAAGAUAGCCAAUGCCAUGGUGAGCACGUGGCAGGGUCCGCCAGCUAUGAAAUCCCUGUUUACCCGAAUGUUCUGUUGUAAGAGCUGCCCCAACAUCGUCAAAACCAACAACUUCAUCAACUUCCAGAGCUACUUUCUGCAGAAGACGAUGCCCGUUGCCAUGGCAUUACUAAGAGAUGUCCAGAACCUUUGUCCCAAAGAUGUCCUCAACUUCAUCCUCGACCUCAUCAAGUAUAAUGACAACAGAAAAAACAAAUUUUCAGAUAACUACUACCGUGCAGAGCUGAUCGAAGCACUGACCAACUCUCUGACUCCAGCCAUCAGCAUCAACAAUGAGGUUCGGACGGUGGACAAUUUGAAUGCUGACGUUCGUCUCAUCUUGGAGGAGAUCACACGAUUUCUCAACAUGGAGAAACUGCUGCCAAGCUUCAGAAACACCAUCACUGUCAGCUGUCUGAGUGCGAUUCGUCAGCUUCAGAAGAACGGUCAUAUUCCCAGUGACGCGUCACUCUUCAAGUCCUACGCUGAAUACGGACACUUUGUAGACGUUCGCGUUGCUGCACUGGAGGCUCUGGUGGACUAUACUAGAGUUGAAAGAAGCUCAGCGGACCUGCAGUGGCUGCUCAACAUGGUCCAGAAUGACCCAGCUCAUUAUGUCAGACAUAAGAUCCUUGGUAUGCUCUGUAAGAAUCCACCUUUCACCAAGACUGACAAAACUGAGUCAGCUCUGUGUAAUGAAGGUUUGGUUGACCAGCUCUGGAAACUCAUGAACUCAGGCACCUCCCAUGACUGGCGGCUGCGCUGUGAUGCUGUGAACCUCUACUACACAUUGUUUGGUUUGACUCGACCCUCCUGCCUUCCACUGCCAGAACUGGGCCUUGUGCUCAACCUGAAGGAGAAGAAAGCUGUCCUAAACCCCACCAUCAAGCCUGAGCUCGGGGUCGGCACUAUUAUGGACACACCUGCCAGUAUAGGCAUCCAUGGUGUGGGCAUGAGCUACUCAGCUGUGGAUGAAGAGCCAGAUCCUAUUUCAUUAGGGGUGUGUGGGGUGGGCCAGCCUCCUCAGGGCCUGAAGAGGAAGGCUGAGACCCCCCUGGGUUCUCCUCCAGAGCCAGGACAGAUACUGCAGCAACAGGAGGAUGAUGCAAGAGGAGGGCGCUUCAAGAUCAGGUUCAACACAAUGGAAGAUGAAGAUAUCGAUAUGGAGACGGUUCAUGAUAGUCAGGCCUUCAUUCACCAUCAUCUCAAUCUGUUAGAGAGGCCCUCUACACCAGGUAAAGAGCCACCAUCAGUGGAACAAUCCAUGCUCUCCAUGCCUGCCACACCUGUGCCGUCCUUCUCCAAAGAGACGGCCUCUUCGUCCUCCAAACACGGUGGAGAACACAGCCACCACCAUCACCACCACCACCAUGAGCACAAGAAGAAGAAGAAGAAGCACAAACACAAACACAAGCAUAAGCACAAACAUGAAAGCAAAGACAAGGAGAAGGACAGAGAGAGGGACAACUCCCACACCUACAUCAACAGCCCGGCCAGCGGCAGGUCCCUCCGCUCACCGUCUAUGUCUGACUAAACAUCUGUAGGCUAAUUUAGUUUCCCUCUGCUUCAGUUACACUUAACUGGAUAUAUAUAUAUAUAUAUAUAUAUCUUGCAGUAGGAGGAGAUGCAAAAUGGAAAGCAAAGCAUUCAUCUAAAUAUCAAUUACUCUGUGGAGUUCUCUUACAGCAAGACUCAUUUAAAUGAAAAAGAAAAGGCAAGUUUUGUAAUUCUCAUAUGAAUGCAACACUGAAUUCCUCAGCAGAAACAGCCAUGUUGGCUUGAGGCUGCAGUGCCAUUUAGGUAAACCCUCCAGAGGCAUCUUUGUAUCCUCACACCACACACAGCCUGCAGGAGUUUGUGGACUUUUGACACCGCUUCCAAUCUGUCUGAGGCAUGCAACCACAUACACCUCUCUCCACAAACAGGCAAAUACCUCGUACCCCCCACUCUGGUGUGCCUCAUCCCCACAGCUCAAUUACAACAUUCAGUGAGUCGCUUUCAGGGGGGAAACAAGCGUUCUGGCUGGUCUGGCCACCGUUGUCUUUAACAUCCUGCACAUGACAUUUCCCUGUUUAAUUCCAGAUGAAAUUAAGCAGGAAUUUCCUGUACAGUUUCUGCUGUACAAUUGAAACUCGAGUAAUACUGUAGUGUUAUUUUUUAAAUAUAUUUUUGUUUCUCAGCUGUCAUUAUUGAAAUGAAAGAUAAUCUUGUAUUCAUGAAUGUUUUAACUAGACUGAAUCCAGCUCCACAAAGUUAUAUGGCUGGGUUUACUCUGGCACAGUUUCUUUGAGAUGGUUUUUAUUAAUGAAAAGAGCAUACAGAAUUCAAUAUUCCUCAUUUAGAAAACCAGGAGGGUAUCCAAAUUGUCAUUUAAAAUGUAAUGUUUCCUAAGUAAGACAAUAAACGACAGUCAUUCAUGUAAAGAUUAUUGCCACUCAUUAAAUAGUACCUUGUCUCCAGUGGAGGUGUGAAUCAGCGUAUCGGCACCACGAUAUGAUUUUAUCCCGAUACUUGAGUCAUGAUACAAAAUGAUUGUGAUUUUUAAGCAUUUUGCGAUAUGGUGACUGAACUGAUAAACGUAUGG